AUGGCAUCGGACAAAACGGCGCAGUCCCUGACGCCUGACGCCGUCCGAGCCGCAUACAAGCUGAUCCAGCCGUAUGUCCACCGCACGCCGUUGCUGACCUGCAAAACCCUAGACACUACCGCCUCCACCCCGCAGUCCCCCGAUGCUCUAGUAGGCACACCAUUCGAGGGCCAGACACCCGCCCAUCCCAAGUUCCGAUUCUAUUUUAAAUGCGAAAACUUGCAGCGGAUUGGCGCCUUUAAGGCCCGCGGUGCAUUUCAUGCUAUUCUUCGGCUGGUGGAGGAGCGCGGGGAGGAAGAGGUCAAACGGCGCGGGGUGAUCACACAUAGCUCUGGUAACCAUGCGCAAGCCCUCGCUCUCGCUGCGUCAACCCUCAACAUUCCGGCCUACAUCGUGAUGCCGGAGAUUAGUACCCCGUCCAAGAUUUCCGGCACCAAGUCGCACGGCGCAGCGGUCAUCUUCAGUGGAUCUACAAGUGUUGAGAGAGAGGCUGUGGUUGCACAAAUUCAGGCUGCGACAAACGCAAUAUUGGUGCCUCCAUAUGAUUAUUUUGAUGUUAUCUGUGGGCAGGGAACAACUGCCCUGGAGCUGGAGGAACAGUAUGCUGAGCGUAGCUCGGGAAUUCUGGAUGCAGUGAUCACACCUAUCGGCGGCGGUGGUCUCAAUGCAGGUGUAGCAACUUAUUUCGCUGAUAAGCCCCAGACCAAGGUAUUCGGGGCAGAGCCCAGCUUCGAGGGAGCAGACGACUGUCGUCGUGGGUUACAAGCCGGCCAGCGUGUGGAAUCUGUGUCGACUCUGACGAUUGCGGAUGGUCUGCGCACACCAGUGGGAGUCUUGAAUUGGGAGGUGAUUUCAGACAAACGCAAGGUCGAAGGAGUCUUUGCCGUCACAGAAGAGCAGAUCAAGGCUGCUAUGCGUCUGGUCUUGGAGCGGAUGAAGCUUGUGGUGGAGCCAAGUGCAGUGGUUGGACUAGCAGCUUGUCUUUUCGACGAGGAUCUUCGACGACGUGUCGAGCAAGAGGGUGGCGAGAAAGGGUGGGACGUGGCACUCGUCUUCAGCGGAGGCAACACCACCGUGGAGGCCAUCAGUAAGCUGUUCACCUAG